UCCCGGGGGCCGCUGACGGUUGCGUUGCGCGGAGGCGUCCCUUCCUGGGACUCGGGGUGACGCCGCCAGCGGUGGGCUUCAGCAGAGCGGACGAGGGGCAGGGUCCCACGGGCGCCCGGCCCCCACGCCGCGCUUCCCAGCCCUCGGCGUCAGGCCGGGGUGAGGUGGGUGUGCCUCGUUCCUCGCUGGCUUUCCGACCCGAGCCCGGCGCACCCCGGCUCAGCGACUGGACCUUGGGCUCUGCCGGGCGGUUGGUACUGGAGCGCGGCGGCUGGCUCGGGGACCGCCCCGGGGAGCGGGGGGGGCUGAAGCAGCUUCUCCUGCGGAGUUGGGCGACCGCAUCACCUGGCUGCAAGAAGUAAGCACGCUCGCGUCGUCCCCCACUGUGCAAGUGAUCUGAUAAGGGCGUUGUUGCUCAAAUCCCGGAGGUUACAGAGAUAGCCUCCUGGCUGAUGGCUGGACAGAGGUGCUCAUCACUCAGCUCUUCCAGAAAGAAAAACUAAAGAUGCAUAAUUGUGUUCCAAGAGGUCACUCACAUGUGUUGGUGUAGUAAAACAACACACAAGGAGCCAACAAUAAUGCAGUUGAAGGACGUAAAAUGAGAACCGUAAGUUCAAGUCAAGAAGAGAGAAAGAAAAUAAAGCGAAGCUGUUUCUUGUCCUAUGUAUUCAUCAGAUCGUCUUGAAAUUUAACUAAAAUGACAGCUGUUCCUUCAGAGAACUGCUCUUUUCAGCAUCUGUUACAUCAGUCAAAGCAGCCCCUAGACGUUAAUUGUCUGUUGUUCUUGAUCAUAAUUGGGAAAACAUUAUUAAAUAUCCUUAUACUAGGGAUGAAAAGGAAAGACAACUAUUGGAGUUUUAUGGAGUAUUUCUGCUUUUCACUAGCAUUUGUUGAUCUUCUGCUGUUGGUAAACAUUUCCAUUCUGUCCUACUUCAGGGACUUUGUAGUUCUAGGUAUUAGGUUUACAAAAUACCACAUCUGUCUGCUCAUACAAAUCAUCUCCUUCACUUACGGCUUUUUGCAUUAUCCGGUGUGCUUACUAGCGUGUAUAGAUUAUUCUCUGACUCUGUCUGGAGCCACCAAGCAUUCGUCUAAGUGGCACAGGUUGUUUUGCCUCCUGACAGUCACGUUAACCUGGACUUCGGUCUUUGCUUAUGUUCUGGGAGAGCCAGCCACCUCACACGGCUUGCCGACACACGGGGCUGCAGUGUUCCCAUGUCCCUCCUAUGUCAGCACUCAGAGUUACUGGCUGUCACUGUCUGUGCUGACAGUUUCAUUUGUGGCUUUUCUGAUUUCGUGGCCAGAAGUGGUUGCCCUGGUACAGGCUAUGAGGAUGGCGUCCUAUAUGAACGAGACCGUCCUCUCCUUCCCUUUGCCACCCCACUCUGGCCACGCUGUGCGCUCUCGAGAAGCACUCUUGCCCAGGCUUGUCGUGUGCUUUCUUGGUACCUGGUUUCCCUUUGUAGCACUUCAGGUCCUCACCCUCUCACUCGGAGUUCAAAUCCCAGCGUACGUAGACAUGAAUGUCCCCUGGCUGUACUUUGUCAACAGUUUUCUCAUCGCUGCAGUGUGUUGGUUGAACUGCCACAAGCUUUAUUUAAGAGGCAGCACAUUACCUGUGGACCCUUUUGUCAACUGGAAAUGCUGUUUUGUUCCAAUCCAUAGACUUAAGCAAGUGGAGAGGCCUGUGUCCAUAAUCAUCUGUUAAUAUGCUGCUGUGUUGGGAGGAACUCCAUCCAGAAGCACCAAGAUCAAUCUUACGAGCAGGACAGAGGUGGCUCAGGACACGUAACUGAAGCUCUUGUUCCCUAACUUUCAUCUGUUCAGCACAGCCUCUGUGUGGUGGAUAUCAAAUAGUGCUAAGGACACUUUAACACCCCAAAGUUUUUAUGCCUGUUUAGCAACAUUGUGUAAGCAUUUGGUAUUAAUACAAAAGGAAAAUAAACACAUGAACAUGUGGCCAGCUUGAUGUUUUACUCCAAAAAACUACUGGAUGCAAAAUGUUAAAUAAAUUUGAGAUUUCACUGCCAA